AUGUCGCAAAAAGUCGCCGUCUCAGAGUCAACUAGUUUCUCUACCCAGCCAGCAACUCAAACCCAACUCACGACCGCUCUCGUCGACCAUGGCUCAAUCCCCGUCAUCCAGAAUGCUCUCCUCCACGAACUUCAGGCUUCAGGCUGGUCAACAAAUCUCAAGAACCACGUCACCCAACUCAUGCGCUCUGGCGAAUGUACAAAGUACGAUGACUUGAUGGACCGUAUUCUUGAGGAGGCUUUGGCCGAUUCAGGCGCUUCAAAGGACGGCCGGCAUCCUUCUCUGGCUAUACCCGAUCAGGCAAUUACUCAGGCUGUCAAGGUUGUCAAGAAGGAGCUGGACAAGAUAUGUCAAGUUGACACUGCUUGA